AUGCCAUUAUCAUUACGACAACUAUUCUGUACUAUUCUCGUCUAUUGUGCUCCAGUGAAUCCAUUGGAACUAUUCUUCAAAUUUGAAGACGAUAUGACAGAAGACUAUGUCUCCAUACAAAAGCUCACCAGAGAUGCUGCACGACAAGUUUUACUCAAAGCGUUAAAUGCAGAGCUUGAAUCUAUGGGCAAAAAGCUACACGAUUAUCAAUUAUCCCAUCUUCUUAUUUCUGAUUCGACAGAGAAAGCAAUCCCAAAAGAAGUACAAGAUGAAAUGAAUAUCCAAAUAUCAGAAGAUGAUCUACGAGCCCCAAGUUUAUUAAAUGUGGAACAGGCAACAGCUUUCAAGGAAAUUCUCACAGCUGUUCUCAAUCAAAAUCCCAAAAGCUUCUUUAUCGAUGGUCCUGGAGGUACUGGCAAAACAUUCCUUUACCGAGCAUUGCUUGCAAAGGUUCGUUCGCAACGUUUAAUUGCACUAGCAACAGCCACCUCUGGAGUUGCAGCAUCAAUUUUACCAAAUGGAAGAACAGCCCAUUCCCGCUUCAAAAUCCCAAUUGAUGGUGAUGUUAAACUCUGCUGUGGCAUUUCAAAGCAGUCUGGUCUAGCUACUCUUAUUAAACAAGCUGUACUUAUCAUUUGGGAUGAAGCAUCAAUGGCAAAGAAGGAAUCAAUCGAAGCCUUGGAUUACCUCCUACGUGAUCUUACAGAAAAUGAUACAUUAUUUGGAGGAAAAGUUGUGGUAUUGGGAGGUGAUUUCAGGCAAGUGCUACCUGUUAUACCUAAAGGAACAAAGAUUGACUGCAUUAAUGCAAGCUUAGUCAGAUCAUACAUAUGGCCAGCACUCAUCAAGUUCAAACUAAAGGAAAAUAUGCGCGCAAAGACUGACCCAGCAUUCAGUCGAUAUAUUCUACGAGUUGGAAAUGGCCUAGAAAAGGAAAAUGACAUGGGAGAAAUUAACUUGCCAUCAUUCCUAAUCCUACAACCAACCACAACAAUGCAGCCUUUGAACCAGCUAAUCCAAUUUGUUUUCCCCUCCUUUGACCUACACGGAUUAGACCCACUUUCUUUAACCAACUCUGCCAUCCUCACACCCAAAAACCUAGCAGUUGAUGAAAUUAAUGAAGCAAUCAUUGCCAAAUUCCCAGGGAAAGAGCAGACAUACUUAAGUUUCGACGAAGCAUCUGAUCCUACUCAACAAGGGCUCUAUAUCGACUUCCUCAAUUCCGUAACACCUCAAGGAAUGCCAUCGCAUCAUUUGAGUCUAAAAAGGAACAGCCCAAUUUUGCUACUUAGAAACAUAAAUCCUUCGCAAGGAUUAUGUAAUGGCACAAGAUUGAUAUGCAAAGAAUUCAAAAGCCAUCUGAUUACUGCUCAAAUCGCAGUUGGUGAACGGAAAGGCACUACAAUUUUCAUACCAAGGAUCCCUUUACAGCCAAAUGAGCCUCAUCAUUACCCAGUGCAGUUCACACGUCGCCAAUUCCCUGUGAGAACAUGUUUCGCUAUGACAAUAAAUAAAGCCCAGGGUCAGACAUUAAGUACUGUUGGUAUAUACUUACCUGAGCCAGUUUUUGCUCAUGGACAGCUCUAUGUCGCUUUAUCUCGAGCAACAACAGCAGCCAAAAUACGAGUCCAUGCCAGCCAAUCACAAAAAGACACAUUACCACGCUACCAGACUAAGAAUAUUGUAUAUAAGGAGCUGUUACAAGAAGCUAAUUGCUUAUAA